CUAUACAACAGUGUCCAUGGAAUUAAGGUGAUAGUGCAAUAAACUAAUCAAUCCAAGAAUUGUUGCAGUUGAGAAAGUGAUGAGUUACUUCACAAUAUCUUCUGUUUAAUACUCUUUAUCAAUAUAUAUCGAAUGACAUUCAGAACCGCAUCUUCAGUAGAAGUUCUUCAGUCAGAUUAAUAUGUAAAUGUACUCUGACCUCGUCACUCCUCAACAUGAAGCACCGAGAUGAGACCGGGGAUCAAAUCUGGACAUGAAGAAACCUGAGCUUUCAGUCAGUCUCAUGGCUUUCUUCAUCCUCAGAUCGUGUUGAUGCCUCACUGUAAGAACCUGGAGAUCUUCUCGGCCUCAGAAGGAGGAGACUCCAGUGGGAACAGCGGUUGGGAAACUUUUCAGCGUUACCGUUGUCUGGAGAACAGCCAGAGCGUGAUCAAGUCUCAGAUGACCGACAUCUGCAGGAACUUCAUCUUCAGCAUCUCAGCCAUGUUGCACCAGGGAGCGAAAGAAUGCCAUUGUGAUCCUCAGGGCUCCCUCAGCACCGUGUGUGAUCCCAGCGGGGGUCAGUGCCGGUGUCGCCCCAACGUGGUCGGCAGGAACUGUGACCGAUGUGCUCCCAGUACGUUCCAGUUCGGACCCAACGGCUGCAGAGCAUGUGCGUGUGACCCUCAGGGUUCACAGAGUUUGUUCUGCAAUCAGCUGACUGGUCAGUGUGUCUGUGUUCUGGGAGCGUACGGUCGGCAGUGUGAUCGCUGUCUGCCGGGUCACUGGGGCUUCCCUACCUGCCGACGUUGCUCCUGCAACGGACACACCGACGACUGCGACCCCGACACCGGACGCUGCACCAACUGCCGGGACCACAGCACUGGACACACCUGUGACAGGUGUCUGGAUGGUUACUAUGGGGACCCAGUGUUGGGGUCAGGUGACCACUGUCGUCCCUGCAUGUGUCCUAAUGGACCCGGCAGCCUGCGGCAGUUCGCAGGAAGUUGUUACCGUGGUGACGACUCCCAGCAGGCUGUCUGCGUCUGCAACACCGGAUACAGAGGUACAAUCUAAACUUUAUUAACACUGAGUUCUACACAGAGAUACAAAAAAACUUUAUUAACAUUGAAUUUAGACUUCUAUUAACGGGGUGAAA